AUGGCGCUGGAUGUUGAGUCAUUUAUCCAAAACCAUGGACUUGAACGCCCGGCGGUGAUUGGCCACUCAAUGGGUGCAAAAACAGCCAUGACGCUUGCUCUCCGUUAUCCAAACCUCGUAUCGAAAGUCGUUGCUAUCGACAACGGCCCAAUACAUUUGCCGUUGAAGUCAUACUUUCCAAAGUAUCUUCAAGGAAUGGCAAAAGCUGAGGGCGCCAAAGUAAAGUCUCAUCUAGAAGCAGAUGCGAUUCUCCGUGAAUACGAAACGUCGCCAUCGGUACGACUAUGGCUCCUAAGCAACUUUGUCAAAAGCAAGGAUCAGCCUCACUUGCAUUUACGCAUUCCUCUAGAUAUCCUAGAGAAGGCGAUGGGGCCACUGGGUGAUUUCCCGGACAAGGACGCGUUUUUGAAAUUCAACUCUCCUACUCUGUUUCUCCGUGGCCUUCAGAGUCACUAUAUACCUGAUACUGCUUUCCCGCUCAUCUCGUCCCUUUUCCCCCAGUCGAAGAUCGUCGACAUCGAUUGUGGACAUUGGAUUGUUCAAGAUCGUCCUGAAGAAUUUAGGAAAGCUGUUGUUGAUUUCCUACGGGAUGAAGAAUAG